CCCCAGUGGGGCGCGGGUUAAGGGACGCUGCCUGCCCGAUUGGUCGGUCUCGGCGGAGCGAACUACCAGGAACUCUGGUAGCACGUCUGGGGGCACACUCGUCCCUCCAGACAGUGUGAGUCCGUCAGACUGGUUGAAGUCAACAUCGUGUAAGGCAGUGGGGUUGGUUUCAGUCACGGCCGAGGGUCUCGGGUCAUGGGUCUGGUCUACUCUAUCCGGUGAGCCUUGCCCCUCGGAUCGUGCCUGAGGGCGAGCAUCGGCCGAAGCCGUGGUCCGUAAAGGGGGGUUUGAGGUAUCCAUGAAGUAGCUGAUAGGUUCAGUCCCGCGGCCUCCCACCCACCUCGGAGCCCAACUGGAGGACGGCCACACUCCCCCGGAGGGUGGUGGUCCGCCAAGAGUACCGCAGGACUAUACGGGGACCGGAACGCCAAAAGCAGCGAGCCGAAGCCGCCGGGUACGAGGCCGCGUGAGCCGCAACCACCGCAGAGCCAGGCCGCGCGAGACCGGACCAGGACCCACGCGGGCAAGUCCCCUCGGCGGCGCUAAGCCCCACGCUGAAGGACCAGGCGGCCCCUGCACCCAGCGGCAGCCCCCCGCAUACCCGUCGCCCGGCCCCCUUGACUUCAAUGAGCCAGUGCCGCACAGGACGACGCCUGACCGGCCGAUUUCCCGCGUGCGGGGCCGACACGGGGCAUCCCGCAGAUCCGGGGAUUGGCGUCAAAAACGUGUGUUGGAAGGCUGCCCCGACUGACCCGCAGGGCAGCUCCCUCAACACCCAGACAUCCUCUUCCCGGUCUUUGGGCCGAGGGCACGGCGAAGCCAGUAAAACAGGGGAAGGGCCUCCGACCAUGAAAGGAAAGGUAGUGAGAAGGCGAGAUAAUGGGAUGAUAGGCAGAGGGAAGACAAGGAUGUCGAAGGGGGCUGGGACGAACGGGGUUGCUACACCCGUUACGCCAGUUGGAAAGAACCGACGCCCCUCGGGGUGCUGGGGCCGAAGGGGCGCAACUCCCCUACACCCGGAGGUGCCCUUGCGGGCAAAUGAGGCAGCUAAAUUAUUGCACACUAGGCUGCAUUAAAAUUAUAGCGAAUAAUACGUGCAUGAGUUGAAUGUUGGGUUAGCAGGGUAACUAUAUGUUAUCAAACCACUAAAAUCAUUGGGAAAAAUAUUUUUAAUUUAAAAAACAAAACAAAAAAGCAGAAAUCUAACCCAGAAAAUUCUGGUUAGGCACUGCCUGAGUUGCCUUAAUGGGCGAACCGCCACUGCAUCUGAAACUUCUAAUGCAGUAAGAGGAUUCCAUUGAAGUCCGCUUAAACCGUCAAUUAUAUGCAAGUACCUUAUGCAGGAGGGGUCAUGUGUAAACAUAACUCCUUUAACCAGUUUCACAGAACUCAACAAUCAGUGACUGGAAUCGUUCUGAUGGUCAUUUAUGUACCUGUCGGAUCAUGCAGCUCGAAGCGAUCGAAAAUAUGAAUAUCGAUUACGCGGUACCUGCAAACCGGGUCUCCACCAUAGCUUGAUCUGAACACACCUUUUCACACACGCCUUUACCACUACCUCCAGUAUUUUCUAAGGUGCCGAUAACGAGUGGAUGGUAUAACAUGGUAGGUACUUUUUGUAUGGGGGGAAAGGGUUCGCUUUGUCGUUCCCUCGACCUUUACCCGAAGUGCGGUGUUUUUUAUUCUGAUUUUUUCCCUGUAUUCAACACAUGUAUUCAACACAUCUAAAUGACCUCACUUUCAAUACAGUAAUGUAUUUGAAUGUAGACACUACUGCCCUCUGUGCCACGCUGCCAUUCAGUACCUACCUGUUUGUUGGAUUGUAGCAACUCAUGCACAUUCAUCACUUUUCGUUGUGGCAUGUUCUAGAACUGACGUACUUCUGAUCCUUUCCCUCCGCCCGCUUCACCCCCACUGGGGGCGGAGUGAGGAACGAUCGCAGGUGUGACCUUGGCGGUGACUCGGCCGACGGCGGCGGUGGACGCGGAAUGACUAGCACCGCCGGCAGCAGACAGUGUGGAGUUGGUCGACGGACGAGGGGCAGCGCGCAGUGCCGGCGCUUCACCGAGCUGCGUGGCGGAACUUCGGAGGGAGCUGAACGGUGCGCGCAACAAACAGGCCAUGGGUGUGGAGAUUUUCGGUGUGCAGGGCAGCCCGCCGUGCCGGGCCGUGUUCCUGGUUGCCAAGGCGAUCGGACUAGACUAUACCUACCAUUGGGUGGACAUGAAGGCUGGAGGUACUCGCACACCCGAGUUUCUCAAGAUGAACCCGGCGCAUACGGUACCCACCAUGAAAGAUGGUGAUCUCUAUUUGGGAGAAAGCAAGGCUAUUAUCACGUAUUUGGUGGACAAGUACGCGCCGGAUAGUGAGCUGUACCCCAAGGACCCGGCGGAGCGAGCCAAGGUCGACCAGAGGCUCCACUUCGACUCCGGUCUCAACGUCAACUUCCGUGGCAUUGCGUUCCCGUUGCUGUUCACCAAGAGCCUAGACGAGUACAAGAAGAACAAGCCCAAGCUGGACGAGAGCCUGGACCUGCUGGAAACCUUCCUGGGUCUAUCGAAGAACGUCGCCGGCGAGAAAGUUACCCUGGCCGACCUGGCGGUUCUGGUUCACAUUUCCACACUAGCAACGGCUGGGCUUCUGGGCAAUGACCGGUGGCCGCGCAUCAACGCCUGGCUGACCCGUCUGCAGAGCGAACUGCCCUACUACAGCGCCAACGCCGAGGGAUCAAACAUGCUUGGCGGGGCAAUCAAGGAGAGUCUCGCUCAGCUUAGCGCUUGAAAGAAUGCUAAUGGCUGAACAAAAUUUGGCUCGUGGGUUGGACGUACUGAGGGCCUCGUUUACUUACCAAGCCCUGCACGUGUUGUACUUUUGGUGCGUCAAUCAGCUUACAAAGAGAUUGUCCUAAUAAAUAGCAUGAUCAUGAAGCUAGAUGCUGAGCACAUCUUUGAAACGCCCUAUGCUUAGACCAGAAAGUGUUUGCCGGUAUUUGAUGUCGUUGGCGUUUGACUGUUACGUACUCCUUUCCUGUACUGGCAUUGUCACGGUGUCUUUGUGUAUAUUCUGUGUAUUUUCUUGAGUCCAUUGUGACUGACCCUCGUACUGAGUCAAUAGCCGUCUACCUGAGUCUUGCUUGUCAUGAUGAUGAUGCUGACUGGCAAAAGGGGUACAGAAGGGUAAUGGCAGCUAGUGAGUCAGCGCAUGACGAACAAUGAUGCAGCCAUGAAGCUAUGGUGUGUACUGGUCUCAUCAGUUCAUUCGUGGGACUAAUAAACGUGGCACAAUUUUAUAA